UAAAUAAUAAAUUAUCAUCAUCAUCAUCAUCAUCAUAUCUCCUCUUAGUCUCCUCUUUUCCAGGUAACAUUAACUUGAUGUGUCAAUAUAAUUUGUUCACAUUCUACAUAAAAAAUGCAUUGAAAGCUCAGUAGAAUACUACUGUUAGCACCCUUUAACCAGCUUGAUUACCCAGAGAAGGUUAAAAUGCAGUACAGUAAUUGGUCUCAAGAACCUGCCUACAAUGAGUUUGUAGUUGCACAGAUGGUGCACAUUGUACAGAAUGCCACAGCAACACCGUCCGUGCCAAGAGGGCUGGGCAUCUACAGCUGCAUGCACACCACACCAAAGGCAGAUACAAAGGAGCUGCUGGGCUGUGAAAGUGUGAGGGGCCUGCAAUGCUAAAAGCAAGAGACAGGCAAGUAAUAGAGUAAUUAAUGUAAUCGGCUUUGCUGAGUCUCCAUAAAGUCCUUAGCCACUGAGGUCCUCAGGUGACCGACUUUCCUCCCUCAUCCCAAAGGAGAUAACUGAUGGCAGAGACUCACCUGCGGGAUUCACCUCUAAGGGCUGUAGCGAUUGCAGCUAGUUGGGUUGAGGAGUUUCCCCACAAACAAGCCCAAAUGCCUAGCAUUUAUUAAACUUGUUAGCCACUUUUUUACCAGUAUAACUCAAAGCAACUUACAACAAUAAAUAAAUAACACAUACAUUAAAACACAUACAACUCUUUAUGCACCCUCCCUGUCCAUGCACACAGACCUCAUUUGGUCUCCUCGUUCUGUUUCCUGCUCAAAGAACAGUGACAGAAUGCUGGGAACAGACUUUUAAAAAUACAUAGUUGUUUGGUUCAUUCUUGGAUACAAGAAAAGUUAUAAUAAGCUGAUGAGAUUUUCACCCUGUAUUGCUCUGACCAUAUUUAUUUGUCAUCUACACAGUGGAAUUGAAUAAGCUAUACCUCUAAAUCAGGAGUGGUAAAUUCCCCCCACCCCCAGCCUCACAGGACCCCACUGAUUUAGUUUUAUUCCUAUUUAGCUUAAAUCCUGCCACUUCCCCAAAUUUCUGAAUUUUUUCUAUUACUUUAGGGAGUGAAGUUUUAGGUUCUUCCACUGUUAUCACUAGGUCAUCUGCAUACGCUUUUAACUUGAAUUCACUUUUCCCAGUUUUUACACCUGUGGUCUCUUUAUCUGCUCUUAUGUUUUUGGCAAGUACUUCCAAGACCAGGAUAAACAAUAAUGGUGAUAAUGGGCAUCCUAGUCUCAUUCCUUUUUGGAUCUUACAAUCAUCCAUUAUCACUUGAUUUAUAAUUAGUUUGGUUUUUGGUUCUGAAUAGAUUACUGCUAUUCCUUUUAAAAACUUAGAACCACUUCUGAUUUGUUCUAACAGCUUUAUCAUGAACUUCCAAGAAACAUUAUCAAAGGCUUUUUCAGCAUCUAUAAACAUCAUUGCCGCUUUCUUUUCAUUGUUAACCUCCAAAUAUUCUAUUAUAUUCAAAAUAUUCCUUAUAUUCUCCUUCAUUUGUCUUCCUGCUAAAAACCCGGCUUGAUCUUGAUGUAUAUAUUCAUUUAGUAUUUUUUUAAAUCUAUUAGCUAGGAUAUUUGCAAACAAUUUGUAAUCAUUAUUUAACAAGGAGAUAGGCCUAUAGUUUUUAAUCUGCAGGAAAUCUGCAACUUGUUUUGCAAUUACUGUUUAUAUAGGCCUGUUUCCAUGUUUCUGGGAUUUCUCCUGUGUUCAAUAUUUCAUUCAUAACAUCUUUCAAUGGGUUCGCUAAUUGUUCAUUUAAUUUCUUGUAAUAUUUUGCUGUAAAGCCAUCCGGACCUGGAGACUUGCCAUUUUUAGAGCUUUUUAUUGCCUCAAGUCAUUCUUUCAUUGUUAUCUGGGAGUUAAGAAUGUUCCUUUGUUCUUCUUUUAAAUAUGGCAUAUUGCUACUUCUGAUGUACUCUUCUAUCUUAAAUGUUUUUUCUUUCCCUUGUCUAUACAGCUCAGAAAAAUAUUUAACAAAUCCUUCUCUUAUUUCCUUCAGCUUGUCUGUAAUUCUGCCAUUUAUGUUAAUUUUAUUUAUGGAGUUCCUUUGUUCACUUUUUUUCAACUGCCAGGCUAACAGCUUCCCCGGUUUAUUUGCGUGCUCAAAGUAUUUUUGUUUUUCUCUUUUUAUUUUCCAGCUAAUUUCCUCAUUUAUAAUCAUUGAAUAUUGUGUUUGUAAUGUUUUGAUCACCUGUUUCACUGCCUCUUUAUUUGCCUUGUUUGGCAGCUGUUUCUCCUUUUUCAUAAUUUCCUCUAAUAUUUCUUUUUUCUUUUUCUCUCUCAAUUUCCAUUUAAAUGAGUUUUGUUGUAUAAAGAGUCCUCUCAUUACAGCCUUGCUUGCGUCCCAGACCGUCUGUAACUUUGUUUCUCCUUGACUGUUUAUUUCAAAAUAAUCUGUCAAGAUCUUUUUUGCUUUUUCAGCAAUUUUUUGAUCAUCUAAUAAAUCAUCAUUUAAUCUCCAUCUAAAAGAGAUUUGGCUUUCUUUUUGUAGUUCCAUAGUCAGGGAAUUAUGGUCUGAAAAGGUUCUGGGAUUGAUUUCAAUUUUUUGACUCUUGUUUCCAAUUCUUUGGAAAUCCAUGCAGAAUCUAUUCUCGAGCUGCUAUCAUGUCUGUUACUACUGCUUUGGAACUUGCUCCUGUCACUUUAGACCAUGGCACCUGCUUCCCCUUCAGCCGACAGCCAGCUCUUUCCUCUUCCCCCUUCCUGAAUUCAGGUCAUGGAACCUUGUCAAGGCCUGACACAGAGUUCCAGUUUGAAACAGGGAGUUCUCUCGAGAAAAUGCCAACUCUUCAGCUUUGGCAGCACAGAAGGUUAAACUCCACCUCAUUCUCCCCCAUGUUCAUUCUACAGGGAACUUUGAACCCUCUUUCCAAGCUCCUGAAAUACAUAAGGUUUGUGACUAGUCACCUUGCAAGUCGUUCUCAGGAUCCAGUCUGGAGACUGCCUGCCUGCCUACAACUUGGGGCCAUGGUUGGGUGAAAAAGCAUUUCUGGAAAGUGUGUUUUGUCAGCAAGAGGCCUGGUGCCCUGUAUAAAUCAUAAGAGCCUGCUGGAUCAGGCCAGUGACCCAUUGAGCCCAGCAUCCUGUUCCCACAGUGCUGAAGCAGUUGCCUACUGGAAGCCCACCAGCAAGAUCCUUCAGGAGAGAAUUUAAGCCCCUCACCAUGCGUGUUGCUGUGAUUGGAGCCGGCAUUAUUGGACUGUCCACAGCCCUCUGCGUCCGUGACCGAUACCCCUCAGCAGAUCAGCCCCUGGAAAUAGAGAUCUAUGCCGACCAGUUUACGCCUCACACCACCAGCGACGGGGCAGCGGGUCUUUGGCAGCCAUAUCUCUACGACAAGGGAAACACUCAAGAAACGCUCUGGAAUAAAGAGACUUUUGAUUAUCUUCUUCAACACAUUAAUUCACCAGAAGCUAAGGAGAUGGGGUUGUUUCUGCUCUCUGGAUACAAUCUCUUUACACAGCCAGUUCCGGACCCAUCAUGGAAGAAUAUUGUUUUGGGAUUUAGGACCUUGUCACAGAAAGAGCUUGAGCUCUUCCCUGGCUACAGCUAUGGUUGGUUCAACACAGCUCUGAUGCUGGAGGGCAAACGAUAUCUACCCUGGCUUACAAAGAGGUUAAAGAUGCAGAGCGUCAAGUUCUUUCAUCGGAAAAUUGAGUCCUUCCAGGAGUUGAUGGCUGAAGGCGUGGACAUCAUAAUCAACUGCACAGGGGUUCGUGCUGGGGAGCUACAACCUGACCCUGAGUUAUGCCCGGGCCGGGGGCAAGUCAUCAAGGUCGAGGCCCCCUGGGUGAAGCAUUUCAUCAUCACCCAUGAUGUUGAGACUGGGAUCUAUAACACACCUUACAUCAUACCUGGGAGCAACGCAGUGACAUUGGGAGGAAUAUUUCAGCUGGGAAACUGGAGUCAAGAGAACAGCCCCCAGGACCACCAGCGCAUUUGGCAAGGGUGCUGUGAGCUGCUUCCUAGCCUCCAGAAAGCCAAAAUCAUCCACGAAUGGAGUGGUCAUCGUCCCGUACGGCCAAGAGUCCGAUUAGAACACCAGGCUGUUCGCCAUGGGAUGUUACAAUCAGAGGUGAUCCACAACUAUGGCCAUGGCGGUUUUGGGCUCACCAUCCACUGGGGUUGUGCCAUGGAGGUAGCCCAUUUGUUUGGGAAGAUUCUAGAAGACAAGAGGUUGGCCAAGCCACCCCAUGCCAACCUCUGAGCAUGUGGCAACAGUUCAGGCCACUUCACUGACCUUUACUUGCAGGAUGGAUCUGCCUUUGCAGGAUUAAGGAGCCUAGUUUUUAACUGUUUUCAUAGAUUGCUUUGCUUUGUUUUUCUUGUAUUGCUUUGUUCUUCUUGUAAACUUCUUGGAGUCCCCCCUCCCUACAAUCUAUUGGUGUAUAAAUUAUAUGAAAUAAAGAAAUAAUACUCUUAAAGAGUAUUCAAGGAAGCAAGCUGAAGGUAUGAUCCUAUCUACCUAUUAAGACAAUAUCUGCCAAAAUAAAGGCAGCAUCCCUCAA